UUUUGUUCGGUAUCUGUGGAAGGUUACAGAUAACAUAUGAAACAUGAAACAUGGACAGAAGUUUUUGAAGAAGGAUGAUGCAUGAUGAAUGCAAACAGGGAUCGAAUUGGGUAUAUGCAGAUGCAUUGCAUUUCAUCCUACACCCAUAUAUUUGUUUGCUUGGAUAGCAUCAGUGGAGGAAAGAAGUUGGUAUGAUAGUAGUGAGUGGGAGGGAGGGUAUUUCCUAUGUGUAUCUCCUAUUGUUCCUUUGACGAGUGUAACGACGUGAUGACCCAUAAUGAAUUGAACAUUGAUGAUAUAUUCUUUAA